CGCGGUUUCCGUACACGCGCGCGAACAUUGUGUCGUCGAAAAGUGUAGAACAGUCAGUUAAGACCGCUUCAUUUCUCAGCAGCGCCACUGAAACGGUGGGUUUUGUUCGUUACAAGCAGCAGCGAAGCGAUGGGUUCGUCAGAAUCCACACUCUCAAGCUCACAGAGGCCAGGCGAUGAAAUCACCACCGUGUCUGAGCGGUCAGAAGUCGCCGAUCCCGUCUUAGAAAAGCUCAAAUCCCUCAAAAUUUCGACGCCGAUACUGACUUCACCCCCAGCUGAGGGUAGCUUGACUGACAUUUUAGUGAGGAAACCUUCGUCGUCUUCUGUUUCAAGUAUUGUGAACCCAAAAGUGCUAUUGGAACUCUUCUCGAUGUACCGUGAUUGGCAGGAAGAGAAGGUGCAAAAGAUGAGCAAAAGACAGGAAGACAUAGAAGAUAAGAUAGAGGUAGCUGAUGCUUUGACUGUUAAACUUCUUCAACGUUUUAAUUAUUCAGUGUCAGCAAUGAAGACGUCUUCGCAACAUUUAUCUGAAGUUCAUGCAUUGCAGGUGGAGAUUGGGGAGCUUAAAGGAAGGCUGACAGAGGUAAUUAGUAACUGUGAUGCACUGUGCCGGAGAAUAUCGAUGGAAGGACCAGAAUCCCUUCGGUCAUCUAUCAAGCCAUUUGCAGUCGGCACUGCCGACCAAGAAAUUCAAUCAAGCUCAUCUGAUCUGCAAAGAGAUCUAAACAGAAGUCUACCUUCUGCCGAAACCAAGUUAGACUGACUUAGCAUCCUUUCUUUCCUGUACAAAACCUUUGUUGAUUGUGAUUUAUUAACAUUUUCAAUGGUAACAAAAGUGUUCCUGUUGGCUCUCGGCCCUCCCA